UUUAUUGCUUGCCUCUGUCUGGAUGAGAAGAACGAGUUCAGCUACAUACUGUUUUGUUUGGUCGCUUUUCCUGUUUGCUGAAGAAAAUGCGCAACAGAAGCCGCCGAAAUUCUUCUUUGAAUCAGUCGGGAUCUUCCGAACGCCAGGCGAACGGUGCCGAGGGACGGUUGUCCAGCGCGGCUCUCGAGGGUUUGAGAUCGGAGAGUUCGUCGGUCUGGUUCGACCGCGGCGCGUACGAGAGAGCGGAGAGCCUUUACUACGUACGACUCUUGCAGGAGCAAAAUGGCACGACUUCUCCUGCGAGCUUUACCGAUUCGUCACGAAAGCCGGAAACCUGUCGCCAUCGAGGCCAAGAGGCUUGUCAUCAUGUCGUUCAAGACGUGUGGGUCAACAAACCCAACUUUGACCAAGCCGAGAGCAAGUUUGUGGGCCGGUUUCCCAAUCAACCAAGAUCUCUCCAACUGCAACCCAACAGCCAAACGUCCAGCGACGAGGGCUACCAAUCACAAACCCCGACUCCACCCACACCUGCUUCAAAGCCAAUCAACGGCCUUCCUUGCCUGACUCCACCCCCAAUGGGGGUGUGGCUACAGAAACCUCUUUUCGAUAGAGCCGAGGCGUCUUUCUAUCAGAACCUGUACCGCCGCAACUCGACACCGAAAACCAGUAGAGAUGAAUCGAGCUCCAAACGGCGGAAUAACGACGUCGCUACACAAAAAAAGCCUGUGGUUUGCGAUCGCCGGGAUUCUGAUGAUGUAAGAACCAAUCAAGGAGCAGCGAUGUGUUAUUUCUUACAUCCCGACAGCGAGGGGGUGUGGCUUGAUCGUGGUCGCUAUGUGGAGGCGGAGACUCGUUUCUACGAAGGAGCGGCGGCGAAAUCCCUCAAAACAUCUGUAAACCGUUCUAGCCGGAAGAAGAAGAUGACUGCAGCGGACUGUUUGGCGCAGGAGAGGAUCUGGUUCGAUAAGCCGCGUUACGAUGAAGCAGAACGACGGUUUUACGAGCAGAUGAACGGACCUACACAAAACAAACAGGACACCGGAGCCAACAGCAUUCUUCAGGACAUCGCUCGAGCACGAGAAAACAUCCAGAAAUCUCUCGCUGGGCUGAAGACAACCUUGCAGCCGAGUAGAGGCUCCGCCCCUAAAAUAUCAAACCCCUCCCACCGCUCCUCUCCUAGUGGCGGAGGCAGCGCUGCUGAUUACGGGGAGCUCGCAGCACGCAUGAAGAACCUGGAACUGGAGAACCAGAGUCUACACACAGUGGUGGAGGAUCUGCGCUCUGCUCUCGGGAAGAUGGAGAGUCGAGUGUCUGCGCUGGAGAAGCGUUCAUCGGCUCCGACCGUUAACGGGACCGGUCCCCAGAAAGCCCCGUCUGCUCCGCUGAAAGAAGAGGAGGAUGAAGAGGAGGAUGACAUUGACCUGUUCGGCAGCGAUGAAGAGGUGGACGAGGAGGCCGAAAGACUGAAAGAGCAGCGGCUGCAAGAAUACGCCGCGAAAAAGGCCAAAAAACCCGUCCUCAUCGCAAAGUCAUCCAUCCUGUUAGACGUCAAACCUUGGGACGAUGAGACGGACAUGAAGAAGCUGGAGGAGUGUGUGCGGUCGGUGCAAGUGGACGGGCUGCUGUGGGGAGCGUCCAAACUGGUUCCUGUGGGUUACGGCAUCAAGAAACUGCAGAUAAACUGUGUGGUGGAGGACGACAAGGUGGGAACAGACUUCCUAGAGGAGGAGAUCACCAAGUUUGAGGACUACGUUCAGAGUGUGGAUGUUGCGGCGUUCAACAAGAUCUAACACACACACUCACACACACACACAUGUAAACACUCUCACGCUACUGCUGCUGGACGAAUAUCGGUUAAUAAAUGAGUUCGAAAUGUA